AUGAGCUCUCCCAAACAAUCCCCCAUUGGAAGUCGGACGAACUCCUCGAUGAUCAGCGAUCAUAAGAGGAUUAACAUAUAUGAUACAGUUUUGCAACUGAUACGAAUAUUUUUGGCAUCGAUAUACCUGUUUUACAUCGUUCUGACCAUCCCUUUGAGCUUUGAAAUAGGUGGAAUAGACUGUGGCCUGAGUUACUCCAUCACCAUUUUGCUCAUCUAUUUCUGUCUCGCUACACUCAGAGUCCUCAAAUAUCAUCGCAUAAUUUCAUCAUUCCUUUACUACACGCAGCACUUUCUGCUUCCUAGCUUGCUAUCCAUUUUUUUGACGGUGUUCACAUCUUCGGACGAGUAUAAUGCAAGUACACUGAUGAAGAAGAUUUGGUGGAAUUUCAUUAUAAAGUCCUGGAAAUUAUUCCUUAUGAACUCUACUCCACUAUUCACUAUCUUGGAAGGAUUUUGCUCGCUGCUUUCGAUACAGGCUAUCGGACAAAUGUCACAAUAUUUGAUUAAGCACAAAUCCGACACAUGGUCAAUUGUCAACCUUAUAACAAGUGCAUGCAUUUUAUCCUCCUGUCUCUUCUUCUUUGUGAAAAUCUAUGUUUCUCCAAUAGAUUUGCAAAGAGUUGGACUUAUUUCCGCCUCGUUGUUGGGAUCUGCGUUUACUUGUACAAUAUUGAUUACUGUUUUCGGAAUCUAUUCUGGAAAAGCGUCUCCCCUGGAGUGCUCCCUUAUGGUCGCUUAUAUUGUGAAGUGCUGCUACGAAUUGUUUCCCGAGCUUUCUGAGAUGAACUUUAAUAUGUUACUCAAAUUCAUUAUGAAUGAGUUCAAAAAUCUGGAUUACCAAGCCAACUCAUUGAAUAAGGAAUUUCUCAAUUCAAUUCAGACAACAUUCAAUAACUUCAAAACAGGAAGGGAUCUUCUUGACUACGUGCAUUUUGAGUUCCUGGCUAAGUCUACCACUAAGGACAAACUGCUUCUAGUUUACGUUAAAUCGAAAGAAUUCAUUGUGGACGUGGUAAUAAAAUUCAUUACCGAAAACUUCCCUAAAUCAUUUGAGUCUCUUUGGGAUUUCCUUAAAAUCUCUAUCAGCAACCUCACUUUUUCGAUUCUGAUUCAGUUAGCAUACAGAAUAUGUGUGUUUUUCGCCGCAACCAAAAUAAUUCCGAUCCUUCAACCGGUUCAAAAAGGCUCCCCUCUUUCAACGCCUUCUUCACCGACUCCUCCGAAAACGAGCAGACAUGAAAAGAGAGCAAGAAACAAGUCAACAUCGAGUCGCUUGAUUUAUCUCUACUCACCUUGUAUCAUCAUUGCUGUUUACACGAACCUCAUGAUCCAAUACAUUGAUGAGCUUGACACGCACAAUCAUUUUUGGAAUUGGCUCAAUUUUCAGUUCGCAGGUUCCAGCACUCAGGUUGCCGAGGUCAGUAACUCGGUCCACUCCUGGCAAGUGUGGAACUGGAUAAAUAUUUUCGGUGUGCUACUAUUAUAUUCUCUUGAGCUGAUGAGCCACGACCCUGACGAUAGCUCGCUUACGGAUCAUUGGAGCAUCUAG